AUGCCUGGUCUCGGUGACAGCAACUGGGACUCAAAGCCAGCAAACGACGCUUCCGCUCAACAGGCGCGUAUAGAUAACGGCAGCCGGGUAGCUACUGACAGGCACGUCUCUGUUCCUUCCUUCGGCUACUUCGCUCCAAGUGCCUCUACCAGCAGGCCUACUACAGCUCGCCCAGCCACGAAGCCACCAGUAAGGGCCGAAGUAGCCGGUAAAGCCGCUGCGAAGCGCAUGGAUGAGCUCCAGGGUGGCUCAAAUACGUUCAGCAAGCAUAUCCUGUACCAAAAGUACGGCCGGCCCAACCCUCCUCGAGACCACCCCUCAGCCGCUCCAGUCACUCCAUCUUCUCGUGACGCCCACUCUACUACCGAGACCGAUGACGGAAAGCAAACUCGUCUGCACAAGCUCUUUAACAAGUAUUUCCCACCCGGUGACGAACUCUACAACAUAUACCCCACUCUCGGUUUCAGCAACGAGGAAGUCAAGGCCAUCCAGGAAGAUAUCGUCGAGUACCGCGUCAAGACGGCGCUCGCUGCUAGAAAGCGUGAGACAUACACUGCGCCGUGGGAGACACCAAAACCGGGUGUGACGAGCCAGAAGCAAGGUACGGGUAAUGCCAUGGACCUCGACUCUGACGACCCGUUUGGUCUUGGUCUCGCGAGCUCUCCUGUCUCGAAGGGUUCCAGAGGUCUGAGGUGGAGAACUAAUGGACAGUUUGGACGGUUGGACUGCUGUGGACUCAUAUGGAAUGCCGGUUAG